CGAACGUGUUGACAGCGGUGGACGUUAACCUAUACAGGGAGCUUUUGUUAUUCUUCCCCACGGACCUGCUGGAUGUCGUUACUGCAGAGGGAGCUCAAAUCGCUCUCGGCAUCUUCAACUCCUUGGCAGCAAGCGCCCUGAUGCCGUGUCUUGACGAAAGAAGACGAGUGGCCAUCGCUAAUCUGAUCACAAAGUACAAAGGCGAUGACCCGACGACAUGGCGGCAAAUGUCGGGGCUGUGUUGCCUGCUGUACACGCUGCCGUCGGGGACGCUGAGCCGCAUCCCCCGCGGGGCCCUCAUGUCCUGUCGGUGCCCCAUCGCCGACCGCGCCCAGUACGCCCCAGAGGACGAGGCCCGGCAGAUGGAGUGCCGCAGCGACCUCGGCGAGGACUACGACGCCGAGCUCUGGCAGCGCGACAACGUGUUACGCGUGCAGGCCUGGGCGGCGCUGGACAUCCUCGACCCUUACACCAUCCCCGGCUACAGCCCCAGCGGGAGGAGGAAGAGAGCUUUGAGGGAUGUCGCGCUGUGUAAUCGCGCUUCAGUUAACGGGGUGGACGACAUCAGCGUCGAGGAACUGAGCGCCGCGUCCACAAGCGACAUCAUGAAGUGCCUGAAUCCCCUGGGGGAUCGAAAAAUGGACAAGAGUAAAGCAAAGAUCCUGGCGAAUAAAGUGCGAGAUUCCUUUAAAUCGAAGUCUUGGUCAAGUCUCACCAACUCGCUCAUGAGAAAAAUGAACUUCAUCAUGGAAGGCCUCGAGGCCAACGAAUUCCAUGAACUACCAUCUUUUUGCCCUCCGGAUGACUUCUCUGAAGCUAUCACUGUUUUGGGCGAUGAGAAGAAGAGGUUCUUAAUCGACGAGCUCAUAGCGAUUAAGGAUAAGGUACUCGACAAGACAUGUCAGACCCUUGCCAACUUGACGGACAAUCAGCUCGUUCUGCUCAACCGCCUCUGGUGCGUCGUCGAAGAAUCUGAUUUCAAAAUCCUCAGUCCCAAGCGAGCUGUGCUCCUGCUGGGCUUGGUCGACCUCGCUGGCACCUUGGCAUGGUGCAACAGAGACCUGUUAGCAGAACUCGCUGCAAAGGCGCUCGCAUAUUACGCCAGACCGUUGUGCAGAGCCCACGUGCGGGAGAUGGGCGUGGUGUUUGCAGGGAUUGAAGCGGCCAUAAUCCCAUCUAUCGAACCAUCCGCCCUGAUCGGACUUACAGCUGCUGCAAUGCGCGCAAUGACCAGCGACGCAAUUCAAGCGAUGAGUCCAUUGCAACUGCGCUGUCUCUCUGCCACGACAGCGAUGGCCAUGAGCCCUGUUAUAAGGGAAAGCCUGUCGGUGGAACAGAAGGCGGCUCUUCAUGAGGCCAUAGGAGGCACUGGAGGUGUCUCCAAGCGAGGUAAGGCGGCACUAGAGGAGGCCAUUAGAGGCAGAGAAGCCACCAGUCGAGGAGAGUCCAUCACUAUAGGUACCAUUUUGACCUAA